GGCUUCCCUCUCUCUAAUGUGUUGUAGACACCUCCUCUUUGUCUUCUUCUACACCAUUCCAGUCCUGUUAUCUCCACCUCCCACAGGCUGCCGUGCAUUUAAUGACAGACACACCAAGCUUGGAUCAGCUCAGAAAUAUUAUUUUCUCUCAAAUAUUCUCUAAUCUGCAUUUAGUAGCUUUACAGAGCAGCCUCUUGUAUCAGGUUCUCCAGAAACUGAACUGUGUUGAGUAUUAUACUCACUCUGCUGCAAAUCUGAAUAUCCUAACUGGAAAUAUUUCACUUUCCACAUUGUAACUCCUGUAGGGGAUUCAGAGGAUACCUGUAGCCACAGCGGAUGGUCUUACCUUACUAAACUGGGCACCAUGGUGGAAAGCAUGGAGUUUGAGAAGGAGGAGAAGAGCUAUUGCAUCCAGGGAAAGCAUGUAGCCACUAUCUGUGCUGUGGUAGUGCUAUCGGCUGUAGCUGUGGGGCUGGGGGUGGGCCUCACACGACAAGACUGCAUCUUAGCUAACCCACCCCCGACAGAGGAACCCCCCAAGCCAACCGCCACUUCACCCCCACCAGUCGACAGGGGCCCCUGCAAGCCCUCUAACAACACUGAUGGUGACUGGAAGAAUUUCCGUCUGCCUGACUACGUGAAGCCAUUGCACUAUGACCUCCAUCUGGAUCCUGACCUGACCACUGACCUCUAUAUGGGGAGCGUGUCCGUGCACCUGGAGGUGACCAGAGCGACGAAGCACCUUUGGCUUCACAUCCGGGAGACAUUUGUCAGUGCAGUCCCGACGCUUGUCCUGAAAACAUCACAGGCUCAAAGGGACAAGAUCGUAAACAUCAAGGGUUGUUUUGAAUUCAAACCUCAGGAGUAUGUAGUAGUGGAGGCGGCAGAGGAACUUGUGCCCACCAAGCCUGGGGAGGUGUAUAUUCUCAGCCUGAAUUUCCAAGGCUGGCUCAAUGGAUCUCUGGUGGGCUUCUACAGAGUCACCUACACAGAGAAUGGGGCCACCAAAAAAAUUGCUGCCACCGACCAUGAACCAACAGAUGCCCGGAAAUCUUUCCCUUGUUUUGAUGAGCCAAACAAAAAGGCCACCUACAACAUCUCCAUUACCCACAAUGAAGACUAUGAAGCCAUCUCCAAUAUGCCAGUGGAGGGCAGCCCCGAACGGAUAUCUAACCGCAAAAUCAAAACAUCCUUCCAGAGGUCUGUUCUAAUGAGUACCUAUUUGGUAUGUUUUGCUGUGCACCAGUUUACAUUUGUGAACAGGACAUCGUCUAGAGGAAUUCCUUUGCGAAUUUAUGCACAACCUUCACAAAUCGGGACAGCGGAGUAUGCUGCUAACAUGACUGUGGUCAUUUUUGACUUCUUUGAGGAAUAUUUCAACAUGAAUUACUCCAUUCCUAAGUUAGAUAUGAUUGCUAUCCCUGACUUUGGAACUGGAGCCAUGGAGAACUGGGGCCUGAUCACUUACAGGGAGGCCAACCUCCUUUAUGACGAAAACCAGUCUUCAUCACACAACAAACAACGUGUGGCUAGCGUCAUAGCUCAUGAGCUGGUCCACCAGUGGUUUGGGAACAUUGUGACCAUGGAUUGGUGGGAUGACCUUUGGCUGAAUGAGGGCUUUGCCAGUUUCUUUGAGUACAUUGGUGUAGAGAAGGCUGAGCCCUCCUGGGGAAUGCGUGACAUUAUGAUCAUCAGUGAUGUGCUUCCUGUCAUGGUAGACGAUGCGCUUGUCACCUCCCAUCCAAUCAUUGUGAAUGUGUCAACCCCGGCUGAGAUUACCUCAGUGUUUGAUGGUAUUUCCUACAGCAAGGGGGCAUCACUUCUUAGAAUGGUUGAGGACUGGUUGGGUAAAGACAUAUUUAGGGAUGGCUGUCGGAAAUACUUAAACAAUUUUCGGUUUGAUAAUGCCAAAACUGAUGACUUUUGGGAAUCCCUUGCUAACGUUAGUGGGUUGCCCGUGGCAGAUGUGAUGGACACAUGGACCAAACAGAUGGGCUACCCAGUACUCAACCUGUCUACCGAUGAAAAUCUGACCAAACUCACCCAGCAAAGGUUUCUCUUGGACCCUAAUGCAGAUCCCACUCAGCCAACUUCUCCAGUCAGCUACAAGUGGACAAUCCCUGUUAAGUGGCACUCACUGGACAGCAACAAGAAUAUGCUUAUCAUGUUCAACAAGUCCAGUCCAGAGAUAGUCUUAGACUAUUCCCUUGACACGGAUGGACUCCUGAAGGUCAACAAUGACCACAUUGGUUUCUACAGAGUCAAUCACCAUGAAAGCAUGUGGAGCACCAUUAGUCAAAAGCUCCAAACGAAUCACCAGGAGUUUGAUGCUGCAGAUCGAUGCAGUUAUAUUGAUGAUGUCUUUGCUCUAGCACGGGCUGACAUUACUGAUUAUGGAAUUGCAUUCAACCUGACAAAGUACCUGAGCAAUGAGACUGAGUACAUCAUCUGGGAACGUGUUUCUUCUUCUAUCGACUAUGUGCGAGAUAUGUUAUCAGACGACACUGUUCUUUAUCCCAAGUUCCAGAAAAUUUUCCAUGACUAUGUACGCAAUAUAGCCAGGCAAAUGGGAUGGGUUGAUCAGGGAAGCCAGAGAAACAGGCUGCUGCGUGAAACAGUCCUAGGAAUUGCUUGUCAAAUGGGUGACAUAGAACAGCUAAACGAGGCGUCUGCCAUCUUUGACAAAUGGAUUGCAGGAAAUAUCAGUGUAGGGGUGAACCUGCGCCUGCUUGUGUAUCGCUAUGGCAUGAAAAACUCAGGCACUGAGAAGAAGUGGAACAUAAUGUUUGAGAGGUACAAAACAGAGACCUUGGCUCAAGAGAAGGACAAGCUCCUGUAUGGAUUAGCAUCUGUGGAAAACACAACUCUUCUAAACAACUUGCUUGAGGCGUCAAAAGAUGAGAGUAUUGUGAGGAGUCAAGAUCUGUUUACUGUGGUCCGCUAUGUUUCUUUGAAUCGCUAUGGCAAGACUAUGGCCUGGGACUGGGUCACCCUCAACUGGGACUACCUAGUGAACAAAUACACCAUCAAUGACAGAAACCUGGGGCGCCUGCUUACCAGAAUCAGUACCACCUACAACACAGAGCCACAACUCUGGCAGAUGGAACACUUUUUCAAGCUGAACCCCAAUGCUGGGGCUGGUGAGAUGCCUAGACAGCAAGCUCUAGAGACAGUGAAGAACAACAUUGAGUGGGUCAGAAGAAACAAAGCAGAGAUCAGUUUAUGGCUGGGGAGCAAUAUCCCCUUAUAAAGUCAUCAUGUCAGCACAAGACUAAAGACCUGUAAGCCUAAUCCUAAACUUGUAUGCAAUUUUGUUUGAUUCAGCAGUUAUAGGUCACUCCAGAAGAAUGCCCCUUUUUUAUCAGAUGUCAUGUCCUUCCAUCUUGAACAAAUCAGACAAACUUCUGAAGUGCUAAAUUCAAUCCAUAACUCUACAGACUACUUUAUUUUUUCUCUACUUAUAUUUGUGUACAAUUAAGUAAGGAUAAUCCAACUAUUUCAAUGUUUUUCACAAACAAAAAUGUAACUUAAUGUUUUCUAAUUAAUUGUUGUUACAUAAUUAUAUAUGUUGUAUCUAUGAAUAAUUACGAUAAUUUGAUAUCUCAGGUAUCUUGAUUAAUAUGUAUAAAGACAUAUUUCCAAAUUGUUUUUCUAACAAAGUUUACAAAUGUAGAAUGUACAAAUGUAUAAGAAAUAAAGAAUAAUGAAGGAUA